CAAUGAACGCCAACCGCCAAAAAACUCCAAAAAGAAGAAGAAGAAGAAGAAGAAAGAAGAAGUGUAGAGCUGUUCAUCUCCACACUGAGAAGGGAUGUCCGACAUUUCAGAAAUGUUAUCAUCAUCACCUAUCUCUUCCAUACCAUCACUAGUUCCUGUCUCCUCUAUCUGUGAAAGAGAAGACUGUUCUGCACUUCUAUUAAGGCCGAGAUGAUGUUCUCAAAGCCAAUCUGUUCACCCACAGCCACGAGCACAUCUUCCACAGACACACCGGCAUCAGGCACACACCUGACUCCAUGACGGAGAGAAAGAGAAGAAUUCCACUCACUCGGCGUUCCUGUCCUCUGUUGUAAACUAACAGAGCCGCACUUUCAGUUGUAUUGCAAACGGCAAUUCUUCCAUGGGCAUGCCAACACGCUUACAUGAACGCCCAUAGGAGAGCUGGCUGAAAGUGAAGAUUAACAGUGAAAAAGGACUUAAAUAUUGAUCUGUUUCUCACCCAAACCAACUGUAUCACUUUAAAAGACAUGGAUUGAACCACUCAAGUCUUAUGGAUUACUUUUAUGCCAACUUUGUGUUUUUUGGAGCUUCAAAGUUUUGGCCACCAUUCGCUUGCAUUGUAUGAACUUACAGAGCUGAGAUAUUCUUCUAAAAAUCUUUGUGUUCUGCAGAAGAUAGAAAGUCAUACAAGUCUGGGAUGAUGGCAUGAGGGUCUGUAGUCCUCAAUGCCACACAUUGAAUCAUAUCACUCAAUCAUACUUUCAGUAUAGCAACUACCAUCAUCCUACAAAUGAAGAGGCUCUCCCUCAAAUUCAGACAAGUAGGAAACACUUCUGGUGUAAGAAAACCUUCUGCUGUAAAGAUGGAGUUCAUUAAAGAAGAGAGUGAAGACAUGAGUGACCCAGAGCAAUACAGAGUGAAAAAUGAAGGUAUUGAGGAACAAAGAGACCUAAUGGAAGUGAAAGAGGAAAGUAAAGAACUGAAUGAAAUGGAGGAGGAACAUCAGUAUAAGGAACUUCGGCAUUUCAAAACUGGAGGAAAAUCUUUUAGUUCCUCAGGAAAAAGAGUUUCUAGAACAGGAGCCAAAAAUUCUUUCAUAUGCCAUCAGUGUGGAAAGAGUUUUACUGAACAAAUAAAACUUAAGGAGCACAUCAGAAUUCACACUGGAGAGAGACCUUUUACUUGUCCUCAGUGUGGAAAAGGUUUCACACAAAAAGGACAACUUAAGCAUCACAUAAAAAUUCACACUGGAGAGAAGCCUUUCACAUGCCGUCAGUGUGGAAAGAGUUUCACCGAACAACGAAACCUUAAGGACCACAUAAGAAUUCACACUGGAGAGAGACCUUUUACUUGUCCUCAGUGUGGCAAAGGUUUCACUCAAAAAGGAACACUUUAUAUUCACAUAAAAAUCCAUACUGGAGAGAAGCCUUUCACGUGCCAUCAGUGUGGAAGGAGUUUCAACCAACCAGGACAACUUAAGCGUCACAUAAAAAUUCACACUGGAGAGAAGCCUUUCUCAUGCCAUCAGUGUGGAAAGAGAUUCGCACAACAAGGACAACUUCAAAUUCACAUAAGAAUUCACACUGGAGAGAAGCCUUUUACUUGUCCUCAAUGUGGAAGGAGUUUUACACAACAAGGACAACUGAAGCGUCACAUAAAAAUUCACACUGGCGAGAAGCCUUUCACAUGCCAUCAGUGUGGAAAGAGUUUCAGACAACAAGGCGUUCUUAAGCAUCACAUAAGAAUUCACACUGGAGAGAAGCCUGUCACAUGCCAUCAGUGUGGAAAGAGUUUCAGACAUCAAGGACAACUCAAGCGUCACAUAAAAUAUCACACUGGUGAGAAGCCUUUCACAUGCCAUCACUGUGGAAAGAGUUUCACAGAACAAGGACCAUUGAACCGUCACAUUAAAAUUCACACUGGAGAGAAGCCUUUCACAUGCCAUCAGUGUGGAAAGAGUUUCAUAGAACAAGGAGAACUGAACCGCCACCUUAAAAUUCACACUAGAGAGAAGUCUUUCACAUGCCAUCAGUAUGGACAGAGUGUCACACAAAAAGGACAUCUUGAAGGUCACAUAGGAAUUCACAUUGGAGAGAAGCCUUUCAGAUGCCCUCAGUGUGGAAAGAGUUUUACCCAAAAAGGACAUCUUGAGGAUCACACGAGAAUUCACACUGGAGAGAAGCCUUUCACAUGCCAUCAGUGUGGAAAGAGUUUCACCCAAAAAGGAAAACUUAACUGUCACAUAAAAAUUCAUACUGGAGAGAAGCCUUUCACAUGCCCUCAGUGUGGAAAGUAUUUAAGAUGUUCUCAGAGUCUCAAAUUUCAUCUGCAAGUUCACUCUAAAGACAAGCCAUUUAACUCUGAGCAGUGUAGACAAAACAUUUUUGUGGCAUCACACUUAAAAAGACACCUCAGUACUCAUAAGAAUGAGAGGCCAUACAUGUGUUCUUUUUGUGGGAAGAGGUUUUUACUUUUUGACCAUUUCAAAAUGCACCAGAGAACACAUUCUGUUGGGAAAGCUGAUGUGUUCUCUGGGUGUGGGAAAGCCUUUUCUAGAGCCAGUGAUUUGCAGAAGAACCAAAAAAUACAUAAUGGAGAAAAACCUUACAAGUGUUCACAUUGUGGAAAAGGUUUCUCAGAGUCUUCUAACCUGGAAAUACAUGUAAGAGUGCAUGCUGGAGAGAAGCCAUACCAUUGCCCUUCAUGUGGAAGUAGUUUCAAUGCAUUAAUAUAUCUAAGUGCUCAUUUGAAAAAGCAUUGUCCACAAAAAGUGUCCACAAUGUGCAAAGUUAAUCAUCUGGCUUCAGGUCUAAGUAAAUAGUAUGAAAUUCAGAUAAGAAUUACCCCAAAGAAUUACCUAGAUAAUGUUGUGGAAAGGCACAGGUAAGGAGAUGGACAUAAAAAGAUUUCAAAAGCUUUGUCUAUCAUUCUAUGCACAGUAAAGACCAAAAUAAAAAUGGAAGGUUUAUAGCACCACCCAGACUAUGCAUAGAUCAGGCAAUCCCUCCACAUGACCGGGCAAGAAGAGCCUGAUCAGAGAGGCUACCAAAAGGCCACUGGCAACUUUCAAAAGUAAUGGAUGGUGGUAGCAGUAUGAUGUUGUGGGGAUGUUUCGAUUCAGCAGGGACUGGAGCACUUGUCAGGAUAGAAAGGAGAAUUGACAGUGCAAAGUUCAGACAGAUCUUGAGGAGAACCUGCAGCCCUCUUCCAGGAGGUUGAAAAUGGAAAGUUGGUUCACAUUUCAGCAUGACAAUGCAGGGUUUUUCCUGGGUCAAGAAUGGCCUUUGGUGGUGGCUGACUUACACGUUAUCACAUGUGAUGCAGUUUUUUCUCCAUAUUUGCAGUUAAUAUAAGAUAUUUCAGUUGCAUUUCAUGUUUGUAAUGAAUAUUUUUUUUUUUUUAAUCAUCUGAGCAUCUAGAAACUUCUGAAAUCAACAGAGUUUUUUGUACUUCAAAGUGCUGUGGAAAAUCAAACUAACUUAAAACACUACUGAUUUGGUACUGUGCUUCGAAGAUGAUAGUGUUUGCUUCGUAAUCCAACAGAUAUUGUUUUCCUUUUAUCAGACUCUUAAUGAUUAAGGAAUACUUUUGAUUUUUGGAAUAUCUGAAGCCAAACCAGGACAGUGUGUUUCCUGAACUCAAACAUCAUUAGAACAGGACAUUUAUUACAAUAUUACACAUUGACUUUAUUCAUAAUUUACUUUGUCCUUGUGUUUACCAUAGUUGUUCUUUAUUUGUUAUGCUGUAAUUACAGGAUAGAACACGGAUGGCUCCUCAUUAAAGUGUUAGGUGUAGGUAGGUAGUUAGACUUUCUUAAAAAAUUAACUAUUUGUUAUGAAAAAAAUAAUAGCUUUAACACAUUUAAAAGCAGUUGUAAUGAAAAAUUAUUUUUACUGUGAUAAAUGUUAGUAAA